UCCGAGCAGCGGGUGACAGAGGAGAGCAGCGGCUCUCCGCCUUCGCGGCCGUUUCAGCGUCCGUUUCUCACGAUGUGAGCGAGCGAAGCAGGAUUUAUUUCACCCUCAGCGGCUCCGGAUGGAGAGAGGAGGCGGCUGACCGCGGGACCCGGGAGGCGGCUGAAGGAGAGAGUGUGCAGCGGGAGGUGGAACCGCCGCAGUGCCGUGAGAGGAGCGCUGCGCUACACCGGAUGUUUCCGAUUACCUUCAAAAUAAAACACCGCAGCUGGAUUUCCAUUCAGUUCUUCUUCUUCCCGUCGAUUAAACUCUUAAAUGUGCAGCAGAUACUGUUAUCGGAGUAUCCUGCUUCGCCCCGACAGUGAUUUCUGCCCUCUCUUAUUCCCGCGGCUUUACGCCGUUUGACGGACGCGUUGUUUUAUUUUGAAGCGGAACGGGCCGCUGCGCGUGCCGUCGAGGCGGCGGCUUUACACCCGUGAAAAAGGGGGGUGAAGUUACAAAGCCUCGAGCCACAACAAGACUUCCCAGCAGGACCCGGACUCCUCCGCGGGGGCAUGAACGGGACCGGAGCCUGCUCGACUCCGGCGCCGGUGAAGCGGAGAGCUCGGCCGGUGAGGUUCGUCCCUGAAGACCGCCGCCGUGCGUCUGAUGCUGAGCAGCAGUGAGGAGCUCCAGUAGCUGGAGGAGGACGACCUACCCUGAUAGCCCCGCCCCCCCCCUCAGCUGGCAUCCAUGACGGGGCCCACCUCCCCCAGCCGGAGCAGCGCCUCCCCGGCCAAGCUGAGCCGCCACGGCCGCUCCAAGAGCAGCAGCUCGCACUGCCUGCUGCGCCUCGGCGCCCGGGACGAGUCCUCCGCCUCGCCGCGCUCGCCCGGCGACGAGGAGGAGAAGGACGGCGGCGUCCUGUUCUACGUCAACCGGGCCGGCUUCCCCAUCGAGGGCGCCACCUGGGAGAGGAUGUGGUCCCACGUGGGCGCCGUGCACCCCGAGGGCCCCGAGAUGGUGGACCGCAUCCGGAACGCCGCCUACCUGCCCAAGCAUCCCGUCCCCUCGAUUCCCACCUUCAAGCCGUCCAUGUCGGUCCCGGACUGGCUGGUCGCCGUGCAGAACUACAUGAAGGCUCUGCAGUACAAUCACACGGGAACGCAGUUCUUUGAGAUCAAGAAGAGCCGACCGCUGUGUGGGUUAAUGGAGACAGCAAGAGAGAUGAUCAGGGAGUCUCUGCCAAUCAAAUGUCUGGAGGCCGUCAUCCUGGGGAUCUACCUGACCAACGGCCUCACCUCGCUGGAGCGCUUCCCCAUCAGCUUCAAGACCCAGUUCUCGGGCCACUGCUUCCACCACGUGGUGCUGGGCGUCUACUGCAACGGCCGCUACGGCUCGCUGGGCAUGAGCCGGCGGCAGGACCUGAUGGACAAGCCGCUGAGCCACCGCACGCUGGGGGAGCUGGUGUCCGAGUUCGAGAGCUCCUACAGGAGAUACCAGCACACCCUGAAGAAGGUGAAGAUCGGCCUCUACGUGCCUCACGACCCCCACGUCUUCCAGCCAAUCGAGUGGAAGCACCUGGUGCUGAACGCCGCCCGCCUGGGAGCUCAGGAGAUGAGGAAGGAGCUGGAGAAGCACGGCCGGGACAUGAGGAUGAAGAUCCUGAAAUCCUCCAGCGCUCAGUCGCCAAUCAAAGAGCGGAGUCGGGGGAAGUCGCUGUCGCCACGGCGACGGCAGAGCAGCCCCCAGCGACGCUUCCCACAGCGCAGAGACAAAUCGCCGGCCUCAGUGGAAAGAAAACCUCCAGAACUCAGCACUCUGAAUGACGGCUACCAGAUCCGCAUCUGAUCCAGAUCCACAUGAGACCCGGAGGACCUGCAGUCCUCCUGAUCCAGAUCCACCCUGGUCCAGAGUCCAGAGGGCAGCUCCGCCCUGCAGGACCUGCUGGAUCUGCUCCCAGUAAACCUCCUGGUCUCUGAUUGGUCCAAACCGUCCCUCCCUUCCUGUCCUCCGUCUCCUCCAGACGUUCCUCGUCUUUCUUUUCCUUCUCUUCACAGAAGCACAGGAGAAAAACUCAAAGCGAUCAGCACAAAGAACCGAGCCGAGAGGUUUUGUCGUUUUCAUGAAGCGCCUCUUCCCCUUCGAGUCUGCUCCUCUCACGUUUCUCCUCAUGAGGGAUGUAAUUCCUCCUCUGAGCUGCGGGGGGCAGCAGAGAGUCGAUCCAGGAACUCAGAUUCUCUGUUUCCUUCGAUUUCUCUCAUCAAGACAUCAUUUCAUCUGAUUUCAACAUAUCAGCUUUAAAAUGUCCUGAUUACAGAUUCAAUCCCAAAAAUAUCUUUCGCCUCUUUUCUCUCCAGUCGUCGUCGCAACAUUUCAAAUCUCUUCUCAGAUUUCGGCUUUUGUUCUGAGAUUUUACCCUCAAACUCUUUGACUUUAUUCUUUAUUUGAAGUUUGAAAUCCUUUUUUUGUUUUUCC